CCCAAAUAGUGGACUCGUCCUAACACUGCCAUGUUGGAUGGAACUGACUCAGGGCUCUCUGGCGGACGGACUUCCCAGGAAACUUUUUGCCGUUUUCCGUCUUCGCUGAGUCGCUGCAAUUGUUUUACCUUAUUUUAAAGAGGAGCGGGACGUAGCACCGCGUCCCUAAACGGCAUACAUUCCUCGGCACCCCAAUAUCCCUGGAGCUCCGGCACAAACCACCGGUGUGACGGGGGUCGGAGCAAGGCCACGGAUGACCGAGGAAUUGUUUAUGUAUCUUUUUUUUGUAUCUCACACAACGAGUUACAGUCGGUGCACACUUAACACAUUGAUCCCUAAUAAUGAGUGGACAUCCGUCGCAACGGCGACAAGUAAAUCUCGGGUCGAUACAACUGACACCGCAGGAAAAUGAAUGCCUUUUCAACCACCUUGGCAGGAAAUGCAUCUCAUUGUCUGCAGCAGUGGUCCAGGUGUUCACGUCAGAUAGGAACUCCAGCUGGACCAAGAGAUGCUGCGGGGUGGCCUGUCUGGUCAAAGACAACCCCCUGCGAUCCUACUACAUCAGGGUCUUGGACAUCAAGGAUGGAAAGAUGAUGUUUGAACAGGAGCUGUACAACAACUUCACCAGCUACGUCCCCAAACCUUACUUCAUCACAUUUGCUGGAGACACAUGCCAAGUGGGUCUGAACUUCGCCAGUGAGGAGGAGACCAAGCGUUUCCAUAACCAUCUGGCGGAGCUAAUGGGGAGAAGACAGAGGAAAUCUGAGAAGAGACGCGACCCUCCGAAUGGCCCGACGUUGCCCAUGGCUACUAUCGACAUCAAAAACCCGGAGAUCAGCAAUGUUCCACGUUUCCACAACAACUCUCAGGUGAUCAACAUUGUGCAUUCAUCCUUCCACAAGAGGGAGAAAAAGGGCAAGGCGAAAAAGAAGAGGCUCACCAAGGCAGACAUCGGCACACCGAGCAACUUCCAGCACGUUGGGCAUGUAGGAUGGGAUCCAAAUACAGGUUUUGAUUUGAACAACUUGGACCCCGAGCUGAAGCAUCUGUUUGAUAUGUGUGGCAUCUCUGAGGCUCAGCUGAAAGACAAGGAGACCUCGAAGGUCAUCUACGACUUCAUCGAGAAGAAAGGAGGCGUAGAAGCUGUCAAAAACGAGCUACGGCGACAAGCUCCUCCGCCCCCUCCGUCCAGAGGCGGCCCCCCUCCUCCGCCCCCGCACCACAGCUCAGCCCCACUCCCCCCCCCUCCAGCCCGGGGGCGAGGGGCCCCGCCACCUCCUCCCCCCUCCAGAGCUCCCAUCUCUGCACCCCCUCCUCCCCCUCCAUCCCGACCGGGCAUGUCCGCUCCACCGCCUCCCCCGCCCAGCCGGGGCUCUCUCCCGCCUCCCCCUCCGCCAGCCCAUGCCUCAAUUUCGGCGGGGCCUCCCCCGCCGCCUCCUCCUCCCUCAUCCUCCGCUCCGUCCAGUACCGGAGCGCCGCCUCCCCCCCCUCCGCCUCCGCCGCCUCCCGGCCCUCCGCCCCCUGCCCCUAUGCUGCCCACGGAGGCUAACGGCGGGGACAGCGGUGUGCCCAAGUCGGCACUGCUGAAUCAGAUCAGAGAAGGCACCCAGCUGAAGAAGGUGGAUGCUAAAGAGAGGCCGGGAUCCACCAACACCGGCCGAGACGCACUUCUGGACCAAAUCCGACAAGGAACCAAACUCAAAGUGAGGGAUGACACAGAUGCAGUCCCUUCCACCCCGGCCCUCUCGGCAGGCAUCGUGGGGGCGCUGAUGGAGGUGAUGCAGAAACGGAGCAAGGCCAUUCACUCUUCAGAUGAGGACGAUGACGAUGACGAUGAUGAGGACUUUGAAGAUGAUGAUGAAUGGGAGGACUAGCGAUAUAUAUAUUUUUUUCUCUUUUUUUUUCUCCCCUCUCCAACCCGUGGAUGAUUAUGACACUAAAAUAACUCUUGUCUUUCCAUAAAGAAAUCUUUAAUUUCAAAAUUCUAAAUGGAAAUGUUCUAUCAAUUUGCUGUAUAUUUUUGUUGCCUUUAUGCUUUUUUUUUUUUUUUUUUUAUUAAUCUGUGCAAUACCUCAUUUAAUCUGUAAAUGUUUGUCAUUCUCAUAUCUUAGGCUUUUUCUUUAUCUCUCCGUCACGUCUGUCUCCACUCUGUCGCCUCCAUCUCGUCUCUUGAUGGCAAUAUGUCUCAUUUUAACUGUGUUCGGCCUUUUCCAUCUCUCUGCAUCUCUUUCUCCUCCUCCCACAUUCCCAACCUCGCUUCCAUCUGUUACUCAGCCAUCUUUCACAUCUGCUGCCUCUUAUCAUGUUACCGCAUGUUCCCUUCCUGUCACUCUCCCGUGUUCCCAUUCCCCAGAUUAACACAAUAAUUUCACAUCAAAUUGUCUCUUGAACCUUAGAGUUAAAUGUUUUUUGUUUUUUUUGGUCAGUGAUUGAAGGGAAAGGGCUUAGUCGCUACAAAUCCUUCAUCAAUCGUGUCUUCAUUGUUUGUCAGGAGGAAAAAAAAAAGAACUAUUUUCAUACCCUAUUGCUCUCUAGUUUAUUUUUACUUAUUCAAAUGAACCUAGUUUAGCACUCAUAUUUUCUUAAAACUGAGAAGAAGAAAAACGCUCUUUUUUGGAAUAUUCAGCUUUGUUUGCUGUCGACUGUAAAUUUGCUCCAGAGUUUGAGUCUUGUUAUAUUUUUGCACAGAUUGAAAGAGGAGACUCGCUGCAUGAAUACAGGACAUUUUCAGGUCUGUAUCGUUAUGGAACAUGCAUAUGCUUUAAGUAAUGUGGCACUUGGACAUUAAGCAUUUUUAAACCGUUAACCCACCACACUACAUACAGUACGCGCAAGGAGGUAGCCCACAGUUUUAUGGCUGGCUAUCUCUUGUGAAUUUUAUUUUAUUGUUUCUUUGGUCACUAUCUCACUUCAGAUUCUGUUGAAAUUUCUUUUUUUUCUUUUUAUCUUUUUUUUACAAUAGCAAGCAGAGUAUUAAUAAAUGUCUGUUUGUUGGAAUCAGGUCAUUCAUCAUGUUAAGCUUAAGUAAUAAAGACAUUUUAGUUUUACACACCUGAUGCUUAUAAUGGGUCCAUAUGCUAAGUUGCUGUACAGAGACAGCGGGGAUAAAGUAGUAUUUGUCCUGUUGUAGACACUAAGUGCUGACAGUUUAGGGAGAAACACUAGAUUCAUGGCAUCAUUCAAACAAGUAUCCACAUGUUCUUGACGAACUAGUAAAUCAUGAGGCGUAAUAUAGGAAUAGUUCAAAUGACUCGGUGGUCAAUUAUUCUCUACAAAGACCAAAUGGUCAGAUGUCUUCUAUUUAAAGGUGGAUUUUUCACACGGGACAGGGCUUUAAAUGCCAAAUUGUUCCAUCAAUGUCAAAAAGAAGCAGAUUUUUUAAAUCCUAUUUGACAAAAACACAACUGCAAUGGCAUGACUUGUCCUGGUGUGGUUAAAGUCUGACUCAAAAGUACAAGUAACCUAUUAGGAACUGUUAUUUCCGCAGUUAUUGCGACUCUGUACUUAUGGAUUGCUCGCUAACCAACGAGGCGCUAAUGCAGCCACAAGUGACAAUUGUGGGGAGAAAUGCUAUAACCAUACUGUAACCGUAGCACAAAUGGAGAUAUAUCUGUCUAAGGUUAGCUAGCAUUAGCCAGCAUAUGCUAACUGGUCAUACCAGGCCGAAAACGGCAGCAGCAGUAAAAACCCCGAGUGUAUUGAAUUUAAAGCAAGACUGCAUUUUAUUGCGAAUGAAUUCUACUUUAAAUUUUUACGGGGUACUUUUCAAAAGUCUCACUUUAACUCCAGAGCCAGUUAACUGCUAACCCCGUUUUUCUUUGAGCGUCAAACAUACAGCUUGGCCUUCCAGGUUUUCUCAACGGCUGCCAUGUUAGCAUUUUGCACAGGCUAACGAGUAGCAUGCUAACAUUGCUAUCAUGUUUUGGCUUAUAGGAGAGCUGAUGCCGAAACGUCUUACCCUCAGUGUAACAAAUAUCCAGAAAAAAAUGACAUCAAAAUAGUUUUUUUGUGUGUUUUUUCAUUGUUUGCAGAAGAGGAAUGUUUAAAUUCUGUCUUUUAGAGACAAAUUGCCCCUUGUUUGAUGUAAGAACUGACUCUUGUCAAAUGUCAAGAUACUUUUUUGGGGGAAACCUUGCCAUGUUUUCGCUGAUGUUAGCUUCUGUAGGUGACUCAGUAAAUAAGGACGCCAGGCCUUCUCAAUGAGGCUUGAGAAAUCAUGAACUCUUACAUUGUACACUCCAAUAAAAGGUUGAUAUUUACAUA